AUGCAUACCCCUGAUGAGUUUCAUGGAUGUAAAGGUAAAAUUGUCAAUGGGGCACCUCAGAGGAAGAUAUUGGACCACCCUGCCAUAGCUUGCUUCAUUAGUCACUGGUCAUAUAUUUGUGAUGUGUGGAAGGUUGGACUGAAAUUAGACAAGGAUGAAAAUGGAUUAAUAUUGAAGGGAGAGAUAAGGAAGAAGGUGGAUCAACUCCUUGAGAAUGAAGACAUUAAAGCAAGAUCACUGGAACUGAAGGAAUUGUCUUUAAAGAACUCGGUGAAAGGUGGUCAAUCGUCAAAGAACCUCGAAAAGUUUAUUAACUGGGCCAAAAAAGCAUUUCUUGAGACACACGUACUUGAAGAAACACGUGACUCAGCUGACAUUUCUGCUGCUGAGUGUAAAAUCAGACAACAACUUAAAGUACUGCUUUUGACGAAUUUCUUGAGACCCACGUAUGGCUUCAAGAAACCAGUCAAAGAAAAGAAACCAACUGUUACCAAACAAGUUAUCAUUUGCAUCUAUGUACAAAUAACUUCCCACUCAGCAAAAAACAACGAUUUCAUACCUUUUGCUACAGCAGACAUGAAUUGUCCACAUUUUCUUGUUAUGCCAUAUCCAAUUCUAGGGCACAUGAAUCCACUCCUGCAGUUCUCUCAAGUUUUGGCUAAGCAUGGCUGUAAGAUAACCUUUUUGAUCACCGAGUUCAACCAAAAGAGAAUGAAGAAUGCAAUUGACCACUUUGGAACUCAGAUAAAGUUUGUGGCACUCCCAGAUGGUUUGGAUCCAGAAGAUGACAGAAGUGACCAGCCAAAAGUUAUUUUGUCUCUCAGAAACACCAUGCCUUGUAAGCUUCACAAGCUCAUACAAGACACCAAUGCUUUGGAUGGUGAUGAUAGCAAGAUCACUUGUCUGGUCGUUUCUAAGAACAUAGCAUGGGCCUUGGAAGUUGGACAGAAAUUGGGAAUCAAAGGGGCUCUUCUGUGGCCUGCAUCAGCCACUUCAUUGGCCUCUUUUGAGUCCAUCCCAAGGCUUAUUGAUGAAGGAAUUAUUGACUCUGAAACUGGACUUCCAACCAGAAAACAGGAAAUUCAGCUUUUACCAAAUUCCCCUAUGAUGGACACGGCAAAUCUUCCAUGGUGUAGUCUUAGUAAGAACUUUUUCCUUCACAUGGUGGAAGAUACAGAAAGUUUGAAGUUAGGAGAAUGGUGGCUUUGCAACACCACUAGUGAUCUUGAGCCAGGAGCACUUGCCAUGUGGCCAAGGUUCCUUCCAAUUGGUCCAUUGAUGGAAAGUGACACAAACAAAUGUUCAUUUUGGAGAGAAGAUACCAGUUGCCUAGAUUGGUUGGAUCAACAUCCACCCCAAUCUGUUGUGUAUGUUUCCUUUGGAAGUAUAGCAAUAGUGGAACCAAAGCAAUUCAAAGAACUAGCUCUUGGACUUGAUCUCCUUAACAAGCCUUUUCUUUGGGUUGUACGUCCAAGUAAUGAUAAUAACAAGGUCAACAAUGCAUACCCAGAUGAAUUCAUUGGAUCUAAGGGUAAAAUUAUUGAUUGGUCUCCACAGAAGAAGAUUUUAAACCACCCUGCCAUAGCUUGCUUCAUUACCCAUUGUGGUUGGAAUUCUAUUAUAGAAGGUGUUUGUGGUGGCAUACCUUUCUUGUGUUGGCCAUUUUUCAGUGACCAAUUUAUUAACAAGUCAUACAUUUGUGAGGUGUGGAAAGUUGGACUCGGAUUAAACAAGGAUGAAAAUGGACUAAUAUCAAAGGAGGAAAUAAGCAAAAAGGUGGAGCAAGUGCUUGGGAACGAAGACAUAAAAGCAAGAUCACUGAACCUGAAGGAAUUAACCCUGAAUAACUCAGUUAUAGGUGGCCAAUCUUCAAAGAAUUUCGAGAAGUUUAUCAAUUGGGCCAAGCAUUAA